GUAAAUAGAGAGAGCCGUGCCGUCCAGCCGACGAUUACGGGUGUCUGAGUGGGACCCUUUCACUUUCCACACCCAAUACAUCUCUCCAUUUCUUCAGUCUCUCUCUUUCUCCCUUUCUCUCUUUCUCUCUCACUCACUCAAACCUUUUUUUUUGUUCUCUCUCUCUCUCUCUGUCUUUUCAUGGCGACUGCUUCUUCAUCUCGCGAGGGCCACUACAGAGGCGUAAGGAAGAGGCCGUGGGGCCGAUACGCCGCCGAAAUCCGAGACCCUUGGAAGAAGACCAGGGUUUGGUUGGGUACAUUCGACACACCCGAAGAAGCUGCUCUCGCUUAUGACGGCGCAGCCAGAUCACUCCGCGGCGCCAAGGCCAAGACCAACUUCCCGGCGCCCGUUCCCGGCGGUCUCUCUCUGGACCUCAACAUGCCCUCCGCCGCCCACUGGGCGUCUCACUCCGGCCGCUUGGUCGAGUUCCUCCACACAGGCGUCUUGAACGACAUGAGCUGCGGCGAUGCAACACCCGAUACGACGUCGUUGGUGAGCAAGAGGGAACAACCUCAACCUCCUGUUGGUGUUGUAGGAAAUGUUGGCGGCGUCGCAGGUGGUACGGUCACAGAGGGUUCGAGUACGGCGUCGUAUUUAGGGCUUGUACGACGUGGCCUGCCUAUUGACCUCAAUGAGCCCCCACCCUUGUGGCUGUGAAAAAAAAAACGUAGUACUCAUCUGACGGCGUCGUUUUGGGUUUUCCUCUCAUCUCAUGUCAUGAUCCCUCCAUAUUUUUCUUUUUGUUUUUAGUAUUUCGCCAUUAUCUAAAGAAAAAAUCUUCACUUCCGUUUUCGGACGUUUGAAGGUUUGAGAAUUUGAGGGAGGGAAAAAGAAAACAAUGUUAUUAUUGAAAGUAAAAAUAUUAGAGAGAGGCUUUCUUCCUGUAUAUAAAUUUAUGUGCUUUUUUAUUAAUGAGACUCUUUCCAUUUCGAUAAAGUUUGAAGCUUUUCAUUCAUUUCAAAGUGGGGAAAGGAAGCUCUGCAGCAAACCCAGCGUGCGUGCGUGCGUGCGGUGUGUGUUUUGAUCAUCUGUUUCCGAUCAUUUCAGCAUCCCAUAAAUUUGAACAACUUGACCCACUCUCAGCCCAUGGCGCGUGUCAAUUCAGAGUGUCCCUGUCUUCCCCGACAUGGAGAUAUGCAGUGUCCUUCAUCUUAAUUAAACCAGUUUAAUAUUCUUUAAUUAUUCAUCUUACCUCGUGAAUUAAACCCUUACCCCUCUGUUUUUUUUUUCUAACAAUAACCAAGCGUAUAAUUAGCUGUUAAUUUGAUUUUAAUAUAAUUGUU